UGUUAUUGCAACAAAUCCAGCUGGUCAAGAUUCAACAAUAUGUUCAUUAAAUGUUUUACCGGAUAAAACAGUUGUUGAUGAACGACCUUUUGUACCACAAGAUAAAUUUCGUAAUUUGGAAGCUCCUGAAGGAAAAGGACCGCGACGAAUAGAAAUUAUACCUGGUGUUGAUGUUCAACCAUUUGUUUCGCCAGAGAAAUUUCAUAAAUUAGACCAUGUUCCACCAUCGGAAAGACCUGAAAGAGAAUUAGCAGAACCAAAACGAGCACCGCGUGUUAUUUCACCAUUAACUAACUGUGAAUUAGAAGAACUUAUGCCUGUGUUACUUACGACUACGAUUGAUGCUGGUGUUCCAAUGGCUUCAUUCACAUGGUAUAAAAAUAAUCAACCACUUCUUGAAGGCAAUCGAUUUACUACAAAAUAUGAUAUUCUUACAAAAGUAUUAACAUUACAAGUACUUGCGGCACGACCUGAUGAUCAAGGAACUUAUACAGUUCGUGCAACGAAUCCAUCUGGUACUGAUGAAACA